AUGAGACGCUGCUUUGCUCCAGUGGGAUUCGCGUUCCCCAUCGACAAUUCUGUCAAGCAACGCAAUGUUUCGCCAGCCAUUAGCUUGAAGACGGCGACGGACUCUUCGCCAAAGUUUCACCUCGACAACGCCACCGCCUGGUGGCUUCUUGGUGCAGCUCCUUCGACCUCGAACUUGGACGUUCCCAAGCUGCCCUCGCCUUCUUCGCCUUCACCAUCAACCCGUGCUCGACAGACUGUCAACGGAGACCUUCGAGCGUGGUGGACCGACUGCGCAAGCACUUCGCCAAGCCCAGCUUCGCCAAUCGUUCCGAUCAGCCCAUUCGGCACGCCAACACUCAGUGCAAGCGAGCAAUCGGCCUUGCCAGCUCCAGCACGCGGCAGCAAUGAGCAGCGCGGGAAGUCCAAGCCCACCGACGGACUUCAGCGCCGCAACGCGAUCAAGAAGGGCAAAGCUCAAGUUCCAGUUCCAGCUCCUCAUCGCCACUAA